CAGAAGCAGGACCUCCCUGCCUCGUUAAUGGUCGCCAAAGGAAGCUCCUAGAUCCUCAUUCCUCUCCAUAAAUGCCCCUUCUUUCUCCUCUCUCUGAACCCACGCCAAUUACUGAACGAUAAAGCUCUGCUUCGAUCGCAUCACACUCACUUUUCUCUCCUUCUCAGUCUCCAUUUCGACCUGCUUGUGGUGGUUCAUCAAUGGCGGACGUUCAGAUGGCCGACGCCGAGACUUUCGCGUUCCAGGCGGAGAUCAAUCAGCUUCUCAGCCUUAUCAUCAACACCUUCUACAGCAACAAGGAGAUCUUCCUCCGUGAGCUCAUCAGCAAUUCCUCCGACGCAUUGGAUAAGAUCCGAUUCGAGAGCCUGACAGACAAGAGCAAGCUCGACGCUCAGCCGGAGCUCUUCAUUAGGCUCGUCCCUGACAAGGCCAGCAAGACGCUUUCUAUAAUCGACAGUGGCAUUGGCAUGACAAAAGCAGAUUUGGUGAACAAUCUGGGAACAAUUGCGAGGUCUGGGACCAAGGAAUUCAUGGAGGCAUUGCAGGCGGGGGCCGAUGUGAGCAUGAUUGGGCAGUUCGGCGUUGGGUUCUACUCUGCUUAUUUGGUCGCAGAGAAGGUGAUUGUUACAACUAAGCACAACGAUGAUGAGCAGUACAUCUGGGAAUCUCAAGCCGGUGGCUCGUUCACCGUGACAAGGGACGUCAAUGGAGAGCAGCUGGGCAGAGGAACCAAGAUCACGCUCUUUCUCAAGGAUGAUCAGUUGGAAUACUUGGAAGAGAGGAGGAUCAAGGACCUUGUGAAGAAGCACUCUGAGUUCAUCAGCUACCCAAUCUACCUAUGGACUGAGAAAACGACUGAAAAAGAGAUCAGCGACGACGAGGAAGACGAGCCCAAGAAGGAAGAGGAGGGCGACGUGGAAGAGGUAGACGAGGAGAAAGAUAAAGACAAGUCGAAGAAGAAGAAGGUCAAGGAGGUUACCCAUGAAUGGCAGCUCAUCAACAAGCAGAAACCCAUUUGGCUACGCAAGCCAGAGGAGAUCACCAAGGAGGAAUACGCGUCCUUCUACAAGAGCCUCACCAACGACUGGGAAGAUCACCUCGCCGUCAAGCAUUUCUCAGUCGAGGGCCAGCUCGAAUUCAAGGCCAUUCUCUUUGUCCCAAGGAGAGCUCCUUUCGACCUAUUCGACACCCGGAAAAAGAUGAACAACAUCAAGCUGUAUGUCCGGAGAGUUUUCAUCAUGGACAACUGUGAGGAGCUCAUUCCGGAGUACCUUGGAUUUGUGAAGGGCGUUGUGGACUCUGAUGACUUGCCGCUAAACAUCUCUCGUGAGAUGCUGCAGCAGAACAAGAUUUUGAAGGUCAUUAGGAAGAAUCUUGUUAAGAAAUGCAUUGACAUGUUCAACGAGAUUGCAGAGAACAAGGAGGACUACAACAAGUUUUAUGAAGCUUUCUCGAAGAAUCUGAAGUUGGGUAUCCACGAGGACAGCCAAAACAGAGCGAAAUUGGCGGAUUUGCUGAGGUACUAUUCGACCAAGAGCGGUGAAGAGUUGACUAGCCUGAAAGACUAUGUGACCAGAAUGAAAGAGGGGCAGAAGGACAUCUACUACAUCACGGGCGAGAGCAAGAAGGCGGUUGAGAACUCCCCAUUCUUGGAGCGGCUCAAGAAGAAGGGCUAUGAGGUUCUCUUCAUGAUCGAUGCCAUCGACGAGUAUGCAGUGGGGCAGCUCAAGGAAUACGACGGGAAGAAGCUUGUUUCUGCCACCAAGGAAGGGCUGAAGCUGGAGGACGAGAGUGAGGAGGAGAAAAAGAAAAAAGAGGAGAAGAAGAGAUCUUUCGAGAACCUGUGCAAGACCAUAAAGGACAUUCUGGGAGACAAGGUGGAGAAAGUGGUGGUCUCGGACAGGAUUGUGGAUUCCCCUUGCUGUCUGGUGACGGGAGAGUACGGGUGGACGGCUAACAUGGAGAGGAUCAUGAAGGCGCAGGCGCUGAGGGACAGCAGCAUGAGCUCGUACAUGUCCAGUAAGAAGACCAUGGAGAUAAAUCCAGACAACGGCAUAAUGGAGGAGCUGAGGAAGAGGGCAGAGGCCGACAAGAACGACAAGUCGGUGAAGGAUCUGGUGAUGCUGCUGUUCGAGACGGCGCUGUUGACGUCGGGGUUCAGUCUGGAUGAUCCCAACACGUUUGCGGCCAGGAUUCACAGGAUGUUGAAGCUGGGGCUGAGCAUAGAUGAGGAAGAGGAAGAGGAGGGGGAGGGUGGAGAGGAUGCUGAGAUGAUGCCUCAGCUGGAAGAGAGCAAAAUGGAGGAAGUCGACUGAAUGAAUAUGUAGUAUGUUAUUAAUAGGCCUGUCCGUGCAUGUUCUGGGUUUGAGUCUCUCUCUCUCUCUCUCUCUCUAUAUAUAUAUAUAUAUAUA